GCUGAAACGAGGUUGGGUUACAACGCUUGAGCGCCAAAGCUCAAAGGAACAACUUUUUUAUGAUAACGAAACCAUUAUUAUUCUAAGAAGGCUGAAGCAAAUAUCUUUCAUUCGAGGAAAAAUACCACAUUGACAAAACGAAAGCAACUGGAGUUUGGCCUUUCACUUUAUUUUUCCGUGACACGCCGGACAAAAGUCAUUGGGGUGGUGAUUUGUAUGCAUAUUGCAUAUUGUAAACGGCUACUGCAGCGUAGUGAGCACUGAAUUCCUGGUUCCUGUGUGAGUCAUCGUCUUCCUCGGACUAAAUUACUAGAACAGUCUCCCGACUGCGUUAACAACAUCUACAAAUAACUUGGACAUGAUAGGGGUCUGCCAAAAUCAUGUCGUUACCCAUUUGGUUUAUCAGCGCCCUCUUGGUCUUCUCACUGACUGUUAACUUGUCAGUUGCAGUUUUUCUUUUUCUGACUCCAGCGAUCGUAUUUCCUUUCUCCAAGUCAAAUAGCCAGCUCUCCCGUAAGAUAAUGAAGUUAUACGAAGAAAAACCUCGACUAGUUGGAAAACUGUGAGUAUUAUUAUUGUAAGUCGUUAUUUACAUUACAGUACUUCUCGUUGUAAUAUUCACUUCUGAAAAAGCGCUGCUCGUCUUUCUGAAAAGGGUGUAAAAUUAUAAACACGGACUUCCGAAAGUUGAAAAAUUGUUCUUCCAUCGAAAACGUUUCUUCACAGUUAAGUCCUCUUUUCCGCGUAUAAAGUGUUUUGGUUAACAAUUUAAUAACGAGAAGUCACGCGUGAGAAACUCUCGUCACGCGUGACGACCACACAGACAACAUCGAAAGUGCUUUUCCCGAUAGAUAUUUCCGCAUUCAUUAAUUUUAGAGGAAAAAGCCUCUAUUUUAAGUCCAGAAAGGGUUUAGAAACGUAAGGUGUUUCACUUUCACAAAUUUCCCGAUCUACUGUCAGCUUGAUAACCACUUUUUCCAAGAACAGAUGCACUCGAGUUUCAGAGAUGAUUUGAUUCCAUGGAAACACUAGAUGAUAAUAUAAAAAUAACAAAAAGCAUGCAAAAGCCGAGAUGGUACAAAGAUUCUAUUUUGGAGCUAUAACUUUCAGUUUUAGAAUAUCAGUGGAAGUCGAGUAUUAUUACUAGAAAUAGAGCCUGCUUCAAGUUUGUAUUAAAGAAUCUCACGAACCAAGGUGACUUCCGGGAUAACUAGGGCCUAUGUUUCGGUACACUGAUCCCACUAACAUGCGUGCGGUCCGCCAUGAUUUAGUAUAAACCGCGUGUACUAAAGCUCGCGCCUCGUGUACUAAAGCUCGUUUUCGAUUUCUAGUCAUUAACAAAGCAAAGAGGAAGCAUCAUAAGUUUAGAACCAGCGACUGAAGAUAUGACACCCAUUGAAACUCAUCUCAAUUUUUCAAUUCAUGACUUUUCAUUGUCUACAAUUUAUAAUAAUAAAAAACGUGAUCGCUUAAGAUUACGCGGGUGUUUUAAUUGCUUUUACCGCGUGUCAUAAACUUAAAGAAGACGAAUGCUCCGUGAUCAUUUUUGAACCAAUAUCCGUAAGUUCUCGGAAUAGAUAACGUAGUUUACUAGUAGCUUACAUUUUUUUCUAAGAAAGGAGGCUUGCCAAUAUUUCACUGACGAUAAUUAAAAAUUGGAACUAAGUCGAUACUCAGAAAAUAACGCAAAAAUAUUUUAUCGCCAUAUAAUGUGCAUAAUAGCUAAGUUAUAGCGGACGUUCUGCCAAGCUCAGUACGCGUCCCAUUUUCUUUGACAAGAGAGAAUGAUCUCUCUUGUCAUUGAUGAAUAACGUCAGUGUUUCUCAGCUAAUUUAAUGGUUACCAAUAUCCCAUAAAAUUCUUGUUUUAGUUCUAGAAACCAUUUUUGGUUAUUCUCUCAUUCAAAUAACAAAACGUAAAUUGGAACCGAAAAAAGGCAUGUGGGUGUAACUAUAGCGUGUGAGCAGACGGGUUUCAGUUUUGUGGGUGGGCUGGUGAGGAUUGCGUGUCGGCAUUUGUCCUAACCAAUCACACUUCCGUGUCAGCUGGAAGAUUUUUCGACACCCCCUUUUGACGUUCUGUCUGAUGCAACGAUUUUACUGUCAAUCAAAAUUCGCUUGUCCGUUACAUCAAACUGGUAACGUUUGCUGACUAAUGCUAUUGCGGUUAGCUGUACAGAGUAACAAAGUCGAGUCCAAAACUUCCACAAAAACUCAACUUUUGAUUUACUGUUUAUUAUUUCAUUCAUCAUACAUUUUGUUAUAAAAAGUUUUUUCAUAGAAAUGAAAGAUUACAAACGGAAAUAAAAUCCCCACGCCUUCUUUCAAAAAGAACGUAGAGAAAGCUUCCGCGGUGUGAAGGUGUACAGACCUCUUGCUAGAAGGCAAAACGUACUUUUAACUGAUUUUGAAAUCAAAACAGGGUAAAUAUCAAGAACACUGUGGAGUAAUAUAAAAUGUUGCUAAAAAGAUUCGCGCGUUGUGAUUCGUCACAACUUCCUCGUAGAACGAGAAAUAGCAGAUCACGCGCGUGAUGAAGAGAGCCGAUCUAACCUUUCAUUAUAGCAGUGACUACUUAAUCUCAUCUGGCGACCAAGAUUUGGUCGUCACUUAUAUGAAAAGAUUGCUAACGAGAGAUGGACGCUUUGACUAGGAAGACUAAUGUUGUUAAUUAAGUCCCAUAGUAACAAACAUUUAUUCUCUUCUAACAUAUUCAAUACACAGUCAAGAGAAAGGUUAUAAGAAUAUUAAUAAAAUGAUCACUGAAGGGAAAAUGCUUUGUUCUUGCAUCUAGAGUCAUUGUAAGGUAGAUCCUGUCUUGAAAUAAUGUUACCUUCGAGGUUACAAAAAGUAUCGUGUGUCUGUAAAACGUUUUAGGAGGGAAUUUAACAAGGUUUUGCAUUCUUCUUUUCCUCAGGUUACGAGACCAGAUCUUUUCUCUUCUCCUCUUCUCGUGCGGUUUGUACAGCGUUUCCUGUAAAAUCACGUAUGAAAAUCCUCUACGCGACACUCCUCUGUCUUCCCUCCUCAUCUUCUCCGUUUAUCUUGGCAACUACGUGUACAAAUUUUUCCAGGACUUUUUGCUGAGAAAAGAGCUUCCUUUAUACAAGAUCAAUCUUCUUCAUCACUUCGUCACCGCGACAUCAUACGGAGUUUUAAUAGUAUACAGACAGAAUGCCAUCUCUGGGGUAAUUGGCCUUUUAUUUGAGGGUAGCGUGAUGGCCUUCGACUUCACGUCACUGAUUCGCUUGUUGGGUGCAAGUAAAUCCGGUUUACUCUUCUUCUUAACUUCUGCGUCUAGUUUUGUAAUCACUGUCCUGCUGAGAGCGAUUAGUCCGGUAGCUUUACUUGUACAAACUCUCUCACACCACAGUCCGCUGUCGUUGGAGUAUGUCCCAUUGGGAUUUUUCUUCAUGAACAUAGUGUUCUUCGCCAUGAUAAACGGAUGGCACAUAAAGGUUUCUUCGGAGAGCUUAAAGAAACGCUUACUAGCAGCUCGUCUGUCAUAUUACUACAGCAGAGGAGAACACAGUGAUAUAAAUUCUAACGGUAUGGAGCUUAAUAACUUCACCUCGCCGGCUCACUCGCUACCCCACACCGCAUUGCCUGUAAUUAUUCCAACAGACGCGAAUUUUAGACUUUCUUCUCCUGUGUCUAACGUGAACAUGAACAGUGAAGAAGUUUCUAACAUUGCAGUUUCGCGACGUGAGCGGACUUUGCCUCAAAUUAGUCUGAUCAUUAACGACCAUGCUGACCAUCAUAACGAGGGACCGAUUGACCAGGUGUAAAAGACUCUUGCAAAUACUUUGGUCAUGCUGUUACAAAAAAAUUGUCCCCGACAGAGAACCUGCUUGGCUGGUUAGUGAUCACGCAGACCUUCUAAACUAGUCUUAUUGGAGAGAGAAAUACAUGAAGGCAAACGAACCACCUUGGCGGUCUCCAUUUUGACCGGAAGACCACUCAUAGUAUCUUCUUUGUUCCAGAGAUAUUAGCGCGAGUGAAACACGCGAGCUCGCGAGAAAUUUCCACCUGCGAGCGGGCACUGCGAGCGUCUUUCGUUCGCCACGAAACUUUUUCAAACUGUUACUGGAAAGCUACCAUGAUACUACUUUUUAAAUGGUAGUUUGGAGAAGGAAUAAGGCUGUGAAAUAUUUCAGGAGAAACGCGAUGAAAUUAAAUAUCUUGUGUUUCUUGAAGAGAUAGCCAGAAAUGUGAAAGAAAAUUGACU